GGAUGCGGUUAUUUGGCUGAUAAGCAAACACGAUUCGAUCAAAUUCCGCCUGAUAUCGAUACACUUUAUAAAGUUUUUUUAAAUGGCCUUAGGGUAAGCGGAGAUGGUCCAUGCAUUUGGCACAGAUCGUCCAUCCGUCAUUUGUAUCGUCCCAUCAAGUAUUCGGAUGUACUUGAACGAAAUAUUAAGAAUGAUUUUAUAGGUAAUGAAACCCGUGUUGGAAUAUAUUCCAAAAAUUGUCCGGAAUGGUUCAUUACUACUCUUGCAUGUAUUCAGCAUUCAAUAGUUAUCGUUCCGUUAUACGAUACCCUUGGACAUGAAGCUAUAAAAUUUAUCCUAGAACAAUGUGAACUGAAUACGGUUGUGGUUAGUGAUUCUGAAAAUGCGAAGAAAUUACUAUCUGCGAACAUUUCAUUUCUUGAAAAUAUUAUUUUGAUUGAUAGAACGAACAUUGAUGAACUAAUCACUGAAGGAAAUGAAUAUCAUAUCAAAAUGAUGCUUCCAAAACCGGAAGACAUUUAUAUUAUAUGUUAUACGAGCGGCACGACAAGCAUUCCGAAAGGUGUUAUCCUCACUCAUCAAAACUUUAUUGCCAAUAUAGCAGCCACUCAUCUCUUGGCAUUAACUUUUUUUCCCGAUCUUAUCUCACCAAACGAGGUGGAAAUUUCUUAUUUGCCACUUCCUCAUGUGGUAGAGCAAAUCACUCAUUGGUGUAUGUUCUUAAUCGGUUCAUCAGUGGGAUAUAUGACUGGUAAUGUUCAAGGAUUAAUGACUGAUAUGAAGGACUUACGACCUACAGUCUUUCCAGCUGUUCCUCGAAUUUUAAAUAGAAUCUAUGAUCAAAUACAGGAAACUGUGAAAAAUAAAAAUUUCAUUGCUAGAGCGCUAUUUAACUUUGCUUAUCAGCGAAAAUUAUCACUAGUUAAACAAGGUAUCAUAACAAAUGAUACAAUAUGGGAUUGGAUUAUUUUCUCUAAAAUUCAAAAAUCGCUCGGCGGUCGAGUUCGAUUACUUUCAAUUGGAGCCGCUGCGAUUGACGCUAAAGUAGUGGAAGCUUGUCGAGUCAUAUUUGGCUCUGUGAUUGUCGAAACAUAUGGAUUGACUGAAUGUAUGCUAGUUACCAGUUCUUGGCCCAAUGACACCAAAAGUGUUCAUGGUGGAGCACCAGCAGGAUGCACAUUAUUAAAGCUUAUUGAUGUCCCAGAAUUAAAUUAUUAUUCUAAUGAAGGAAAAGGUGAAAUAAUGGUGAAAGGUCCCCAUGUAACAAAAGGAUAUUUUAAGGAUCCUGAGAAAACCGCACAACUUUUCGAUGAUCAAGGAUUUCUUCAUACGGGUGAUAUAGGACAAAUUUUACCAAAUGGUUCUAUACAAAUAAUCGAUAGGAAAAAACAUAUAUUUAAACUUGCACAAGGUGAAUAUAUCGCUCCUGAAAAGAUUGAAAAUAUUUAUUUACGUGCACCAUGUGUACAGCAGAUAUUCGUCGAUGGUAAUCCUUUAGAAAGGUGGUUAUUCUUAUUUUUUUUCAUAAAAGUAAAAGAAUAUGUGUUAAACGAAUUGCAAAAAGUUGGAAUACAAAAUAACCUCAACUCUCUUGAAAAGGUGAAAGCUAUUCAUUUGACAAAUGAAGCAUUUUCGGUCGAAAAUGGUCUCCUAACGCCAACGAUGAAAGGGAAAAGGCCACAGUUGAGGAAGCAUUAUCAAGAUAUCAUUAACAACUUGUACAAAACUAUGGAUUCUAAUAAUGAUCCAAAAAAAUGA